AUGCUGCAUGGUGCACAUUCGAUGGUGCCAGGGCGAGACACGGUGCCCAAUCCUUUUCGGGCCGCAAUUCUGGCAAAGAUGGGCUUUAGCAGAGAUGGUAUUCUGCCUGCACAGCUCCCCCUUCGUGCGAACUGCAACACGUUUUCUUUGCAGUCUCUGCUGGAUGACAAAACAGCUGCCACUCUUGCGAUCAUGGAGUUGGAGCGGGCGUAUCCAGACUUGCUGGAGCACACAAAGCUCUUGGCACACUCCGCACCGGUUGAUCCGGUCAUCGAAGAACCCACACAGCUUCCAGCUCCCGAAACAGUGCCUGGCACUUUCGCCGAAGCGUUUGCCUGGUUUCUGAAGGUGGGAGGCAAUGGCUGCAGCUUCGUGUCAUUGUAA